GCGAGUGUGGAACACUUCCUGCGCACCGUCCCGUCCGAUUAACCAGAAUUUUACCGAUCAAAACUCCCAUUUUUGUUUUUAUUGUCUCCUCGUCGACUCUGGAUUCGCUAGGACGCUGAAAUAAGUCUGUCCGGUGAGGAAAUCUGUUUUUUAACGGCUGUUUCCCCGUCUUGACGCAUCUGCAUCCUCUGCCCCCUCGCGCGGCGUGUGAUUCACGUGGAGUUGGAGGUUUCAUCACUUCUCAGAUACACCAUCAGUUUCCCGGUUUGACUUGUUAGCAUUAGCUUUCGGAGAAAAUAUGACAAAGAUGGCAACGCUGAUCCUGGAGGACGGGACGACGUUCAAAGGCCUCCUUUUCGGAGCAAAUGUGUCAGUUUCGGGAGAAGUUGUGUUUCAGACAGGUAUGGUGGGAUAUCCUGAGGCUCUGACUGACCCAUCCUACCGCUGCCAGCUGUUGACGCUCACUUACCCUCUGGUGGGCAACUAUGGUGUACCUGCGGAGGAAGAGGGAGAGUUUGGAUUGAGCAAGUGGUUUGAGUCGUCAAAGAUCCAUGCUGCAGCUCUGAUUAUCGGAGAGCUGGCAGAGAAUCCCAGUCAUUGGAGUUCAGUCAAGUCGCUGGACCAGUGGCUCAAAGAGCAGGGAAUUCCUGGAUUACAAGGCAUCGACACUCGCCAUCUGACCAAAAAGAUCAGAGAGAAGGGAACCAUGUUGGGGAAGCUGGUUGUGGAUGGAACUCCUGAGGACAGCAUCCCUUUUGACAACCCAGACCAGAGGAACCUGGUCCAAGAGGUUUCCAUGAAGGAGCCCAGAGUUUUCAACCCUAGCGGCAGUCUGCGUAUCACUGUGGUGGACUGUGGCAUCAAAUACAAUCAGAUCCGCUGUCUGGCACAGAGAGGAGCCUGUGUGACAGUUGUGCCCUGGGACCAUCCACUGGACAGCAAAGAUUUUGAUGGUUUGUUCAUCAGUAACGGCCCAGGGGAUCCUCAGUUCUGUCAGAGCACCAUCAACAAUGUAAGGAAGGUCGUCUGCGUGGAGAACCCAAAGCCAGUUUUCGGUAUUUGUCUUGGACAUCAGCUGCUCUCUUUAGUAAUUGGAUCCAAGACUUACAAGAUGAAGUAUGGCAACCGUGGCCACAACCAGCCAUGUAUACACAACGGGACGGAUCGCUGCUUCAUCACCAGUCAAAACCACGGAUUUGCCGUCGACCAGGACACUCUGCCAGAAGACUGGGACGUCCUCUUCACCAACGCCAACGAUCACACCAAUGAGGGCAUCGUGCACAACACUAAACCUCUAUUCAGUGUUCAGUUCCAUCCAGAGCACAUGGCCGGGCCAACAGACCUGGUCAGCCUGUUUGACGUUUUCCUUGACACAGUGAGAGACCACAAGGAGGGAAAAGCCUCCAAAACUGUGAAGCAGCGUCUGAUGGACCACCUCACCUUCCCUGCCUCGCCAAAGCCUGAAGAGAUGACCCGACCAAGGAAGGUCCUCAUCCUGGGCUCUGGAGGACUGUCCAUUGGCCAGGCAGGAGAGUUUGACUACUCAGGCUCUCAGGCUAUCAAGGCUCUUAAGGAGGAAAAUAUCCAGACGGUGUUGAUCAACCCAAACAUCGCCACAGUCCAGACCUCCAAGGGCCUUGCAGACAAAGUCUACUUUCUACCAAUCACGGCGGAGUACGUCACUCAGGUAAUAAAGAACGAGCGUCCAGAUGGCGUGCUGCUAACCUUCGGUGGUCAGACUGCUCUUAACUGCGGUGUGGAGCUGACCAAACUUGGCGUCCUUGAGAAGUAUAAGGUCAAAGUUCUGGGCACGCCGGUGGCCUCCAUCGAGAUGACCGAAGACAGGAAGAUCUUUGUGGAGAAAAUGGAGGAGAUCAAUGAGCAUGUCGCUCCGAGUGAGGCGGCGCUGUCUGUGGAGCAGGCUUUAGCAGCAGCAGAACGUCUAGGAUACCCAGUCCUGGUCCGUUCAGCGUUCGCUCUCGGGGGUUUGGGAUCAGGCUUUGCCAAUAACAGAGAGGAGUUGACCUCUCUGGUGACGUCUGCCUUCGCCCACACCUCUCAGGUGCUGGUGGACAAAUCCCUGAAAGGCUGGAAGGAGAUUGAGUACGAGGUGGUCCGUGAUGCCUACGACAACUGUGUCACAGUGUGUAAUAUGGAGAAUAUUGACCCUCUGGGCAUCCAUACUGGGGAGUCUAUCGUGGUGGCGCCCAGUCAGACGCUAAAUGACCAUGAGUACAACAUGCUGAGGAACACCGCCAUCAAAGUCAUCAGACACCUUGGCAUUGUGGGAGAGUGCAACAUCCAGUACGCUCUCAACCCAGAGUCUGAGCAGUACUACAUCAUCGAGGUGAACGCUCGCCUGUCCAGGAGCUCAGCUCUGGCCAGUAAAGCGACAGGUUACCCCCUCGCUUACGUAGCAGCUAAACUUGGCCUGGGAAUCCCGCUUCCAGAACUCAAGAACUCUGUUACCAACUCGACCACAGCAAACUUUGAGCCCAGUUUGGAUUACUGUGUGGUGAAGGUUCCACGCUGGGAUCUAAGCAAGUUUCUACGUGUUUCAACCAAGAUUGGCAGCUCCAUGAAGAGUGUUGGUGAGGUGAUGGCUAUCGGACGUAGCUUUGAGGAGGCCUUCCAGAAGGCUCUGAGGAUGGUGGAUGAGAACUGUGUUGGCUUUGAUCAUACCAUCAAACCAGUCUCAGAAAAGGAGUUGCAGACUCCCACUGAUAAGCGAAUCUUUGUUCUGGCGGCGGCGCUCAGAGCCGGCUACACGGUGGAUCAGCUGUACGAUCUCACCAAGAUCGACCGCUGGUUCCUGCACAAGAUGAAGAACAUUGCUGACCACGAACUUCUCCUGGAGUCAUACCACCAGGAUGAGAGCACCAUGCCUCCUGAGGUGAUGAGGAAGGCCAAGCAGCUCGGCUUCUCAGACAAACAGAUAGCACUGGCUGUGCAGAGCACGGAGCUUGCAGUGAGAAAGCUGCGUCAUGAUUGGUCCAUCCUCCCUGUAGUGAAGCAGAUCGAUACGGUGGCAGCUGAAUGGCCGGCCUUCACAAACUACCUUUACCUGACGUACCACGGCAGUGAGGAUGACCUGCACUUCAACGACCAGCACGUCAUGGUGAUCGGCUCAGGCGUGUACCGCAUUGGCAGCAGCGUGGAGUUUGAUUGGUGCGCUGUUGGCUGCAUCACUGAGCUCAGGAAGAUGGGCUACAAGACCAUCAUGGUGAACUACAACCCAGAGACUGUCAGUACGGAUUACGACAUGUGUGACCGCCUCUACUUUGAUGAGAUCUCCUUUGAGGUGGUGAUGGAUAUCUAUGAGAGAGAAAAUCCAGACGGUGUCAUCCUCUCUAUGGGAGGUCAGCUGCCCAACAACAUCGCCAUGUCUCUGCACCGCCAGCAGUGCCGCAUCCUCGGUACAUCCCCAGAGUUCAUUGACUCUGCAGAGAACAGGUUCAAGUUCUCCAGAAUGCUCGACACCAUCGGGAUCAGCCAGCCACAGUGGAAGGAGCUCUCUGACACUGAGUCUGCUGUGAAGUUCUGUGAGACAGUGGGUUAUCCCUGCCUGGUUCGUCCUUCCUAUGUCCUCAGUGGAGCAGCCAUGAACGUUGCCUACAGUGACAGUGACCUGGAGAAGUACCUGAGCAGCGCUGUUGCUGUUUCCAAGGAACACCCUGUCGUCAUCUCCAAAUUCAUUCAGGAGGCAAAGGAGAUAGAUGUGGAUGCUGUGGCCUCUGACGGGGUUGUUUUAGCCAUUGCCAUCUCUGAACACGUGGAGAACGCUGGUGUUCACUCUGGCGAUGCCACCUUGGUCACACCUCCACAGGAUCUCAAUCAGAAGACGAUGGAGAGGAUCAAGAUGAUCGUCCAUGCCAUCGGUCAGGAGCUGCAGGUUACUGGACCUUUCAACCUGCAGCUGAUCGCAAAGGAUGACCAACUGAAGGUGAUCGAGUGCAACGUCCGAGUCUCCCGCUCCUUCCCCUUCGUAUCAAAGACUCUGGGUGUCGACCUUGUUGCCUUGGCAACUCAGGCCAUCGUUGGUGAGGAGGUGGAGCCUGUGGGACUGAUGAGGGGAAAAGGGAUUGUAGGAGUCAAGGUUCCUCAGUUCUCCUUCUCUCGUCUGGCUGGAGCUGAUGUGGUCCUCGGGGUGGAGAUGACCAGCACAGGGGAGGUGGCCUGUUUUGGGGAGAACAGAUAUGAGGCGUAUCUUAAAGCGAUGCUCUCCACAGGCUUCAAGAUCCCCAAAAAGAACAUCCUGCUCUCCAUCGGCAGCUAUAAGAACAAAAGUGAGCUGCUGCCCACUGUUCAGGCUCUGGAGUCCAUGGGUUACGAUCUCUACGCCAGUCUGGGUACGGCUGACUUCUACACAGAGCACGGAGUCAAGGUGACAGCCGUGGAUUGGCCGUUUGAGGAGGAGGAGGACAGCGAGUGUCCCACCAAAGAGAAGCAGCGCAGCAUCAUGAACUAUCUGGAGGAAAACCACUUCGAUCUGGUCAUAAAUCUCUCCAUGAGGAACAGUGGAGGUCGCAGACUCUCCUCCUUUGUCACUAAAGGUUACCGAACAAGACGCAUGGCUAUCGAUUACUCUGUGCCGCUCAUCAUCGACAUCAAGUGCACCAAGCUCUUUGUGCAGGCUCUUCGUCAGAUUGGUCGCAAACCACCGGUGAAAACUCACGUGGACAGCAUGGCGUCUCAGACGCUGGUCCGUCUGCCUGGUCUGAUUGAUGUGCAUGUUCACCUGCGGGAGCCUGGAGCCACACAUAAGGAGGACUUCUCCUCAGGUACUGCAGCUGCUCUGGCAGGAGGAGUCACCAUGGUGUGUGCCAUGCCCAACACUUCCCCUGCCGUCACCGAUCCCAACACUCUGGCUCUGGUACAGAAGUUGGCUAAAGCAGGCUGCCGCUGCGACUACGCUCUGUACUUGGGAGCAGCUUCAGACAACGCUGCUGUCCUGCCGUCCAUCGCUAACCAGGCUGCUGGUCUGAAGAUGUACCUCAACGACACAUACUCCACUCUGAAGAUGGACAAUGUCUCUCUGUGGAUGGAGCACUUUGAGAAGUGGCCCAAACAGAUGCCAAUCGUUGCUCACGCUGAGAAACAGACGGUGGCUGCCAUCCUGAUGGUGGCUCAGCUCUACCAACGGCCGGUCCACAUCUGCCACGUAGCCAAAAAAGAAGAGAUCCUGAUCAUCCGAGCAGCAAAGCAGAAGGGCAUCCAGGUCACGUGUGAGGUAGCACCUCAUCACCUCUUCCUCUGUGAGGACAAUGUGGUGGAGAUCGGAGAUGGACGAGCGCAGGUCCGGCCCAUGCUGGGAACACGAGAGGACAUGGAGUCUCUGUGGGAAAACCUGGACAUCAUCGACUGCUUUGCGACAGAUCACGCUCCUCACUCUGUGGAGGAGAAGAAUGGCGAGCGUCCCCCUCCUGGUUACCCUGGCCUGGAGACGAUGCUGCCGCUGCUGCUGACUGCCGUCAGUGACGGACGUCUCACUCUGGAUGAUAUCAUCAGGCGUCUCUAUGACAAUCCGCGCAGGAUCUUUAACCUCCCUGCCCAGGAGAACACCUACGUGGAGGUGGACUUGGAGCAGGAGUGGGUGAUUCCUCAGGCGAUGCAGUUCACUAAGUCCAAGUGGACCCCCUUCCAGGGUAUGAAGGUGAAGGGUAAAGUCCGAAGAGUGGUCCUGCGAGGGGACGUGGCCUACAUCGAUGGCCAGGUGUUGGUCCCUCCAGGUUAUGGUGAAGAUGUGAAAACUUGGCCAGUUACUACGAUCCAUCCUCCUGAAGUUGUUAAAGAAUGUCCAAUGACUCCAGAGCACCCACGUCCCACUCCUCCUCGGGAAGGCCCUGUCCGAACUCGAGCACCGAGCCCCCGACGAUCAGCAGGAGAGGCCCGCUACUUGUUGCCUCCUCGCGUCCACCGCUCCUCUGACCCAGGCCUACCACCAGAGAUGGUCAUGCUACCACCAUCAGGUGCAGGUGAUAAUUACAGCCAUCCUCCUCCUCUGUCCCGGCUGCUUUCUCCUCAAUCGGGACCAGGACAGAUACCUGCUGGACAGGUGUCCCACUUUCAGACCUCUCCUCUGCUGCACCCACUGGUGGGCCAGCACAUCCUGUCAGUCAGACAGUUCAGCAAAGAGCAGAUGUCUCAUCUUUUCAAUGUCGCCCACACUCUGCGUUUGAUGGUUCAGAAGGAGCGAAGCCUGGAAAUCCUGAAGGGUAGAGUCAUGGCGUCCAUGUUCUACGAGGUCAGCACUCGCACCAGCAGCUCCUUUGCAGCGGCCAUGCAGCGUCUGGGUGGCUCAGUCGUCCACUUCAGUGAGUCCACUUCGUCCACACAGAAAGGAGAAUCUCUGGCUGACUCCGUCCAGACCAUGAGCUGUUACGCUGACGUACUUGUCCUCCGACAUCCAACACCUGGAGCCGUCGAGAGUGCGUCCCGUCAUUGCCGUAAGCCGGUGAUCAAUGCUGGAGAUGGAGUAGGGGAGCAUCCGACCCAGGCUCUGCUGGACGUCUUCACUAUCAGGGAAGAGCUGGGAACGGUCAACGGCAUGACGAUAACCAUGGUUGGUGAUCUGAAGCACGGCCGCACAGUUCAUUCCCUCGCCAAACUGCUGACCCAGUACCGCAUCACGCUGCGCUAUGUGGCUCCUAAGAACCUCCACAUGCCGGCAGAGAUCAUCAGCUAUGUGGCUUCAAAGGGAAUCAAACAGGAGGAGUUUGACAGCAUUGAGGAUGCUCUGCCUGAAACCGACGUCCUCUACAUGACGAGGAUCCAGAAGGAGAGGUUUGCCUCUGAGGAGGAGUACAAAGCUUGUUUCGGCCAGUUCAUCCUUACUCCUCACAUCAUGACUGCGGCCAAAAAGAAGAUGGUGGUGAUGCAUCCACUGCCCCGAGUCAAUGAAAUCAGUGCCGAGGUGGACACAGAUCCGCGGGCUGCGUAUUUCCGUCAGGCAGAGAACGGCAUGUACAUCCGAAUGGCCCUGCUGGCCACCGUACUGGGCAGAUAGAUCCAUUGGCUGCUUGUUUGUAGCAGAAAUAAAAAUGCCUAUAGCAAAUAAUAAGUGUUAGACACCAGCAUAUACUUUUCCUGAAAUCAGUGGAUUCCCUCUCCGUCCUUAAAGGGAUGUUAGUAAAGUUAUGUUAAUCAUUAGAGUGUAACUGAAUAAUAAUGUUAUAUCAUGACACUGCUUUUCUUCAUGUUAACAGAACACUCAUUAUUAUAUCUUAUUACAGAGGUAUGAAGAGUUUAAACAUGCAAUAACUGUGUUUCUAGUACACUAUUCCUUUUGUAGAAAUGCUCUGUUUCAACCGUAGAGACUUUGUUUCUUUGUGAUUAUUGACAAACAGUCAGUAUUUGUGAGCCAGGGAGAGGGAGUUGGGCAUUUCUGGUAUUAUCGCGUGUAAAGAAUUAAAUACAGUUUAGAAUAGCUGGAUGAAAUGUGUAACCAGUCUGCACAUACUCGCUGCUAGGUCUUCUUUUCCUUUCAAACCAGCUGCAGAAACAAUUAAAGGGACCAGAUUAGAUAUUAAAAAGGGACAACGUGUGUGAAGAGUGGCUGUAUCCUGACCAAUAACUGUGUUGCAUCUGUAAGAAGUCUGUUGUCUCCUGUGUAAUUCCUUCACUUAAAUGUGUAGCAUUAAAUCAAAUAUGCACAACUUGUUUUGUCUGGUUUAGGGGUAAUUGCUGUUACUGUCAGUGAUUUUUUUGUAUUGCUGUUGCAGUUUUGAAUUUUUUUUACCCAAAUGUGAAAUAUACAUGUUUGUUCAAUGUCAGUGAAUGACUUUGUAUUACGCAGAGAAAUGAAUAAUAAAAAAAAUCA